UUUUUUUUUUUUUUUUUUUUUUUCAUUGUAAAAAAGAUGUUUUUUUUUCCUUGUGCAUCUUAUUUCUUCUCUCUUUCUUUCACUUUCCUUUCAUAGAUUCAUGGCACACAAGUUAUCGUUGCCAGGGAAUCUUACACAAGAUGAUACGUUCUCUCAAGAUCUUUUACGUCAAUUUGACAAGCGUAGAUCUCGUCUGCAUUUUGAGCUAGGAUUCACAUCACAGGAACCCUCACCAGAAUCCUCGAGAAUGACAACACCUGUGGAUUAUUAUAAUGAGGAACCCAUUCAAUUAGACGAUGAUGAAAUUCAUCCUGUGCCAACGCGACAUACACAAGAAUCCGCCAGUUAUUAUAGUCAACAUAGCAGUAGCCGUCGAUCGGUCUCUGCUGGUGAUCUCUUGCGUAAAUCCUCUGCUUUUCUCAAGUCCAAAUUUGACUCGUUGAAAAAGAGCGGUCAUAGUAACCGAUCCGGGGUUGAUAUCAGCUCUUCUGGUAGUCAAUCAAAUAACAACAACAAUCAUCCUAAUGCGCCUACAAAGUUAGUGAUGAAGACCACCAUAUCUAUUCCCAGUACAAACACACGCACCUCUUCAUUAUCACCCCGUAUUAGUGCUGGUGGUGUACCUACACCGCAUUCACCUGCCAUUACGCAAUAUCCACCAAAACCAUUGGUCUACUCACCCAUUGAACCUAUACCUCCUCAUACCAACACCACGAAUAAUAAUAAUACUAGUACAUCCAAACCAUUACUGCAUCGUCUUUCCAUGCCAUUACUUCGUGUUUAUAACGAAACCACUUUAUCACGACAUAGAUCUAUCACCUCCUUUGGUAGAAGAAGAAAAUCAGAACCAGAUGAUCAUACCAAAAGAAAAGCUCAUGCUGCUGCAACAACAUCAGCAAAGAAAAACCGCCAAUAGACAACAACAACAACAACAGAAAAAAAAAACCCCAUCUUUCACCCCCACCCCCCCCUUUUUUUUUUAAGAACGUUCUUUAUGCUUUUCUCUUAUGUAUAUAUGUAUCCUUUUAUGUUUCUUGUUAUUUUUUUCAUUCUCGUUUUAAAAUAAUAAUAAAAAAAAAAAAAAGCCAAUGAAGGCUUUCCAAAAAUUGACCAGCGACUAAUUAAACUAAUCACUGG